UCCUGCAGCUCUGCCUCCUCAAGAUUGUGCCCUUCCUCAAGAAGAAAACACUAAAGACAAGGAGAAAAGAAUGGUUUCUGUGUACUUGGCCAUCAAGUCCCAGGGAACAGUGACAUUCAACGAUGUGGCUGUGUACUUCACAAAGAAGGAAUGGAAGAAACUAGAUGCCUCUCAGAAAGAACUCUACAGAGAAGUGAUGUUGGAGAACUAUGAGAACCUAGUAUCUCUGGGGCUCCUCCUUUUCCAGCCAGAUGUGAUCUCCCAGUUGGAAAGAGAUGAAGGACCAUGGCCACCAGAAGAAGAAGUCCCCAAAAUCCCUGAUCCAGCUCCACUUUCUCAAGAUUCUGCCCUUCUUCAAAAAAAGAACACCAAGAAAGAGAAGGAAAGCAUGAUUUCUAUGCACUUGGCCAUCAGGUCCCAGGAAACAGUGACAUUCAAGGAUGUGGCCGUGUACUUCACAAAAAAGGAAUGGAAAGUACUGAAUGACUCUCAGAAAGAACUCUACAGAGAGGUGAUGCUAGAGAACUAUGAGAAUCUAACAUCUCUGGGAACCCUCCUUUUCCAGCCAGAUGUGAUCUCCCAAUUGGAGGAAGAUGAAGUACCAUGGCAACCAGAGGGAGAAGUCUCAAAAGAUUGUGACCUUCCUCAGGAGGGAAAUAUCAAGGAAGAGGAGGAAAGAAUAAUUUCUGUGCACUUGGCCAUUAGGUCCCAGGCAACAGUGACAUUCAAGGAUGUGGUUGUGGACUUCACAAAGAAGGAAUGGAAGGUACUGAAUGCUUCUCAGAAAGAACUCUACAGAGAAGUGAUGCUGGAGAACUAUAAGAACUUAGUGUCUCUGGGGCUCCUCCUUUUCCAGCCAGAUAUGAUCUCCCAGUUGGAGAGAAGUGAAGCACCAUGGCCACCAGAAGAAGAAGUCCCCAAAAGCCCUGGUCCAGGGCCCCUCCUUUUCCAGCCAGAUGUGAUCUCCCAGAUGGAGAGAAGUGAAGCACCAUGGCCACCAGAAGAAGAAGUCCCCAAAAUCCCUGGUCCAGGGCCCCUCCUUUUCCAGCCAGAUGUGAUCUCCCAGAUGGAGAGAAGUGAAGCACCAUGGCCACCAGAAGAAGAAGUCCCCAAAAUCCCUGGUCCAGAUUCUCUUAUUCAGCAGACUACUUGUAAAUUCCAGGAGUCAGUGCCAAAGCAGAACAUUUCCAAGGGAGAGUUGCCCAAGAAAACAGUUAUACAGGAUUCCAAAUUGGGAAAAUACAGGAAAUGUGAUGUCACAUUACAGAAGAAGGACAACCAGGACAAAGCAUCUACCCCUAUGGCAGUAACUCAUGAACAAAAUAUAUCUGGAAGAAAUCUAGGUGUAACCCCUGUGUUACAACAAAAAGUUAAAAAAGGAACAACUCUCCAUAAACGCAAGAUACAUGCAAAAACCUCUAAGAAGCAUGCAACUAUUCUUAAGGCCUACAAAAUCUCGUUAGGUAAAAAGAUUCGUAAGUACAACAAACAGAAAAAAUCUUUUAGUUAUCACUCAGACCUUAUUAAAUAUUAUAGAAAAGCUCAUGUUAAAAAACCAUCCAAAUCUAACGAACCUGGGAAAACUGUCAGCUCUCGGAAAUAUCUUCCUGCACAUAAGAAAAUUUGUAGUGGAGAAAAGACUCUUAAAAGCAAGGAACAUAGGAAAACCUUCAUAAACAAGGGAAAACUUAGUGGACAGAAGUUAAUUCAUACUGAGAAGAAACCCUUUGCAUGCAGUAAGUGUGGGAAAACUUUUACAUAUAAGACAUGUCUUAUGAAACACAGGAAACGUCAUACAACUGAGAAACCUUUUAAAUGCCAAACAUGUGGAAAGGUCUACCGCUGCAACUCAUCCCUUAUUAAACAUGAGAGAUAUCACACUGGAGAAAAACCAUUUGCGUGUAAUGAGUGUGGUAAAUGUUUCAUAGAUAAGGGGAAUCUUAAUGCACAUAAGAUAAUUCAUAGUGAAGAAAAACCCUUCCAAUGUGAUCAAUGUGAUAAGGCUUUCAAAAGUAGAACAAGCUUUAGACGCCAUCGGGAAUGCCAUACUGGAGAGAAACCCUUUGAAUGCAACGAGUGUGGAAAAGCCUUCAAAAUAAAGUUUUAUCUCAUGAAACAUAAGAAAUGUCAUACAAAUGAGAAAUCUUUUAAAUGUCAAACAUGUGGAAUAAGCUGCAGUUCUAAACCAUCCCUUAGGAAGCAUCAGAGACGUCAUACUGGAGAGAAACCAUUUGUGUGCAAUGAAUGUGGUAAAUGCUUUAUAGACAAGGGAAACCUCAAUGAUCAUAAGGUAAUUCAUAGUGAAGAAAAGCCCUUUAAAUGUGAUAAAUGUGGGAAAGCCUUCAAAAAUCGAUCAAACUUUAGACGACAUCAGAAAAGUCAUACUGGUGAGAAAUCUUUUGUGUGCAGUGAGUGUGGGAAAGCCUUCAUAGACAAAGCAGACCUUAUUGUACACAAACGAACCCAUACUGGGGAGAAACCCUUUGUAUGCAAUGAGUGUGGAAAGGGCUUCAUACGUAGUGGAAAACUUACAGAACAUAAAAGAAUUCAUACUGGGGAGAAACCCUUUGUGUGCAGUGAAUGUGGGAAAAGCUUCAGAGAAAAGGGAAAACUUAAUGAUCAUAAGAGAAUGCACACUGGAGAGAAACCCUUUGAAUGCAAUCAAUGUGGAAAGGCCUUUACUUACCAGUCAAGUCUUACUGACCACAAACGAAUUCAUACUGGAGAGAAACCCUUUGAAUGUAAUGAAUGUGGAAAAGUUUUCCGAUAUCCAUCAACUCUUACUGACCACAAACGAAUUCAUACUGGAGAGAAACCAUUUGAAUGUUAUGAAUGUGGAAAAUCCUUCAGAGUUAGGAUAGGUCUUACGGCGCAUGAAAGUGUUCAUACCAGAGAGAAACUCUUUAAAUGUAUUGAUUGUGGUAAAGCCUUCAAACAAAGAAUAGGCCUUAGUGCACAUCAGAAAAAGUGUAAUAAAGAUGCAGAAGCCUCCACAAACAAGGAGAAACCUUAGUGUACAUAAGAAAUUUCAUAUUGAAAAGGACUGAAUGUAAUGAAGGAAGAAAAACUUUUAGCUACCGUGCAUACCUUAUGAAGUAUCAGAGACUUCAUACAAGAAAGACACCUUUUGUGUACAGACUGUGAAAAGCUUUCCUAGACAAAGAAAACCUGAAUUAAAGUAAGAGAAUUCAUACUGGAGAAAAACUCUCUGAAAAUAAUGAAUGUGGGAAAGCCUUCACCAACUCUUCAUCCUUUAGGAAUCAUAAAAAUGGCAAAAUAUUUAGCAACAAUUCAUGCCUUAUGAACCACCAAAGUUUUCAUCUUUGCCUUUACAAACAACUCAUUUCUUAAGCAACAUCAAAUAAUUGAUAGAAUCUCAGAUCUUUAAUUUCAAAGACCAUCACUUUUAAACUGUGCCUAACAAAAUCCCCUCUAUAACAUACCUGAAAAAAUUAUCAUCCAAUCUUUGCUUGAAGACUUCUGUUUGAGAGGAAACCCACUACUUCAUGAGGCAACCCAUUGC